UUUAUAUCGCGCCACGUGAUGAGUAUGUUUCUUUUGUAAAAGGUCUCAUACCUCUCAACAACUUCAUACACCUACUUACAUUAUCGCGGACAUAUCGAUACAUACGUGUUAGACGCGAUGCUUAUUAUUUGUCAUCGGUCGAACGAGCAUGAGAGAGCGUAAGUCGGUAUACGUGAACGUAGGUAAGACAAGUAUCCUUAUAAGGUCAGAGAAACUUCGACGGCUCUACGAGUCGUUUAAUUCACUGCAAUUUGAAACGUUCAGAUAAUACGCAUCCCACACGAAAUAACAUUCUAUACAAAUCUCCAUUAGUUGUUCAUUAGAUGUAACAUGGAGUUAUAGACCUCCAUUAAACGUCUAAUAAACGUUAUGUCUGUGUGGAAUAUAUGCGUUUCUCCUAUUAAAACUUCAAUAUUCUUUUAUAUCUAUAUAUAUAUAAUGUUUCUUAUCUUUUUUUUUACAAAUGUCACACACACAUACACACACACAAAUAUAUGCUAGUGAAAUAAUUCUGAAUAAUUAUCCAGCAUUACAAAUUUUUGUGCAUAUAAAAUAAUUAUUUUCGGACAUAUCAAGUAGCCGCCGAUAAGGGAUAAAAUCCAAGGCCAAUAUAUUUAUAGUCCGAUCUUAUAAGAUCGUCUUAAUUAAGUUCAUCUUAACGAUAUUGUACGGGUUUAUUUCAAGAUGAACUUAAAACGAUCUUAUCAUUUGCAUAUCUUUUCAUUUGCGCUUCAAAAGUCUUUUGUAUGAAAUAAAAAAACAAAAUUGUAUAUGGAACUUCUUUAAAAAGACGUUUGUGUUCGGUCAAGUGUAUGUCAGUACUUAGAACGCACCUACGAUCAAUAUAAUGAACAUGCCUAAAAAUUUGCAGUGAUUUGCACUUUGCAACACUUGUAGUUAUAUAUAUACAAUACACAACAUGAUAUUAAAUGUAAUGUCUAAUGUCACGUUGUUAGUAUGUACGUUUUGCGGUGAAAAAGUUCAGAAGUGACAUUUAAAGAUUAUGUCUAUAUAACAUUUUUUUCUUGUACACAUAAAAUUUGAUCAGGAGAAGAGUGUGGAAUAAAGAAAUAAGUGUGCUGAAAGAAUCUUACUACUUGCUGCCAAACGAAGGUUUUUUACCCAAAUGAACAAUGUCCACUUUGAUUUUCUAUACUUUAUUUUAUCUCCUGAUGGCUGGGAGUAUUGUUUAUCCGCCCACAGAAUUUGUUUCCGCCGGGCUGACUGUGAACGAUAUUUUCUCAAAGUGGCUCGGUAGCGAAAGUGAAUUUUUUAUACAGUAUCAUAUUAGAAGAAGCGUAGUUACGUUAUUUGUGCAUUCAAUGCUUCCUUUAGGCUAUAUCUUAGGAUUAAUUUUCUUCGGUCACGUGGACACCGCAAAACUUAUCGACAGAAAUAAUUUUGAAUUAAUUGUCAUUCUCUGUAUUGCAAUUGUCCCAUUGUACACAUUGCAUAAGAUUUGCGAAUGGUAUAUAGAAAAUUGGAAUAAGCAUCCUAUAGCACAAAAUCUUGCUGCAUACAGUAAUAACAACACAUCAUGGACGAGUGUUGCCUCUGAUAUUAACACGGAAUACAGAAGAAUAAGUAAAAUUAUUAUUGUCACAAACAGUGUAACUCGUGUCGUAGCAACAGACAAUUGGAUUAUUAAAAUUACACUUUAUAAAGUACAAGUGGCACAUCAGAGUGACACAACUUUGGUUGUAAAUAAGAGUGACACUCAUUUAAUGUCGCCAGCAACUAGAGAUCAGAUUCAAUUUAUUAAUAUACAGGUAAAACCCAUGCGGGCAUUAGCACAGGCAUUCGAUAUAAGACUAAAUGCUUUGGAUUUUAAGGACUUGCAAGAUCAAGUGUCCCCACAAAUUAUUGUACUACAAAAUAUAACAUUCUAUAGAACUUUGCUCGAUAGAUUUAUUGAUACUUUUAAAGAGGAAGUUAAUAAGAAUCCGUUCUACGAUACUGCCCAGGAAUUAGACCAAUGUAUCGGAUGUAUGCAAGCACCUUCUAAUGUAAAGUUGAAGAAAUUGUGCGGUAAUAGUGAGAGUAGAGGUCCUGAUGAAUGUUCAACUUGUUACUGCCGCCCAAUGUGGUGUAUAGAUUGUAUGGCAAGAUGGUUUGCUUCAAGACAAGAUGAAAAUGAACCAGAAACAUGGUUAUCUUCUCAAUGCACUUGUCCUGUUUGCAGAGCAAAAUUUUGUAUUUUAGAUGUAUGUCACGUAAGAAUUUUGGAUCGUUAACAUUACAAGUAUAAUUGUUUGGGAUUUUAUAUUCUUACAAAAUUGUUGGGUCAUAAAUAUCUUCGAGAAAAACCUCUAACAAAAUGACCCGUUUUUAAGCGAGAAAUUGUGUAUUUUUUAAAAUUGCUUUUAUGUCAUAAGUUAAUAUUACAAAUCUCAGAUUAUUACUAACUCACCUAAGGGCCUGAGCACAAUAGAGAAAAUAUUAGGAAUAAGAAUUAAAAACAGAGGUUAAAUGUAAUGUAC